UAAGGAAGAACGAAGCGGCCGCGACUGGAGGGGCGCGGCUCCAGCAACGCGCAAGGAGGCGAGGGCGCCUGGAGUGUUCUGCGAUUCAUUGACUGACUCACCGCGCACAAAUCGGAUAGCGCUUCGACCGAGUAAGUUGGCUGACCUUGAAAGAGAGAGAAACUUAGCUAAGUAACCGCUGGCUUUCGCUCGUUUGUCUGUCGGUCAGUCUUUAGUUUUUAUAUGUUUUGCCUCGGGCUUCUCUGCGAGUGCUGUGUGUUCUUUGGAGGUGUGUGAGUGAGUACAUUUAUACUAUAAGCGAGGGGAAAGCGUGCGGCCAACGCGUUGGCAGUAUGAGUUUACAGGUGGGCUCGUUGGCUGAUAGGUUCGCUGCGUUCUGUCAGUCUUGCUCCUUUCUUUGUUGUCUUUGCUUAGAGUGCUACGCGCCUUGUGUAUCUACGUACGAAAAGAGCGGCGACACGGUGAGAGAGAGAGUGAGAGCGACCCGCCGAGAGUGAGAAGGCAGAGCGCGCGAGCGUCCAGAGAUGUCAGCCGGUGGGUGCUCCCCCCUGUGAAGUGUUGCGCCGAUCGCCUUCCACCUUCGUCCUUUGUUGUCUCUUUAGAAUUCGCGCGGCCAGGACCUUGAACUGUCAUCGAAAAAAGUAAGGACUUCGCAAGAAUAAAAAUGGGCCCCGAUUUGAUGGGUUCCGCUUGGUCAUGUUUCAGGGUAAUUGAAGGUUACAAGGAUGGCCAAGCACUCCAGUGGGCAGCUGUUGCGUUGCGAUGCGACAAGAAAACUGUGAUGAAAGCCGUGGAGCAGAAUGGAAGCGCACUGUUUUGGGCAGCUGAUGCACUGAAACGCGACAAGGAGACUGUCACGAAAGCCGUGGAGCAGCAUGGAAAAGCACUCCAGUGGGCAGCUGGUGCGUUGCGAUGCGACAAGAAAACUGUGAUGAAAGCCGUGGAGCAGAAUGGAAACGCACUGUUUUGGGCAGCUGAUGCACUGAAACGCGACAAGGAGACUGUCACGAAAGCCGUGGAGCAGUGUGGCCACGCGCUUAGGUGGGCAGAUGAUGAACUGACACGCGACAGGGAGGUCGUCGCAAAAGCCGUUGAGCAGGAGGGCUACGCACUCGAGUGGGCAGAUGAUGUAAUGAAAUGCAACAGUUAAGGGUUACCACAUUGCAUUCUUCACUACCAUCCUUGACUUUUUUUCCAGUAGGAAAAGGGUCAGGGAUGACCUGAAGAAUGUAAUGUCGCAACCUCUAAAACAGGGAAAUCGUUAUGAAAGCUGUGGAGCAGAAUGGUGUGGCUCUCCAAUUUGCCGGUGGCGGAUUGAGAGGAGAUGCGGGCGUCGUCAUGAAAGCUAUUGAGAACAAAUCCCAGGCCCUGGCGUAUGCAGCUCGUGAAAUACUAGACGGGCAGGGCCACAGAGAAAUCUUCGCGAGGGCAGUUGAACGCGACGGCUGGGCUCUCGGGUUCCUCGCAGAGAGAGGGGGGAACUCUGCGUGGGUGUGCGACGAUCGCGACAUUGUCUUGAAAGCCGUUCAGACUGAUGGCUCCGCUAUACGGUGUGCAGCUCCAGCAUUGCGCAAAGACAGGGAGAUUGCCAUGGCGGCUGUUGGGCAGGACGGCAGCGCUCUUGAGUGGCUAGAUGAUGCACUGAAGCGCGACAAAGAGAUUGUCACGAAGGCUGUAGCACAAGAUUACGGCGCAGCUCGAUACGCACCUUGCGAAUUGCUAGAGGAUGGAUAUUUCUUCAGACUGAUGCGGCGACUUCUUACCUAAGUAGCAAAGGCGUCACUUUCCUCAUGUAGCCGUUGGCUGUAGAAGAAAAUGCACACUAUGUUUACUUGUAACCGUCUUCUGCGUGGUGGUUCGGUGGUUCCUUUCCGUGCCUCCCGAUCUCAGAAAGCUAGUAGAGUGUUGCAACUAGGAAUUUGUAUUUGUUGAAGCCCCUACUGAAUACGACAGAAGUUCAAAAAUUAAAUUUGUUUUUAUCUUUGGUGUGAAUCCUUCAUGGUCCUCUAAGGCCAACUACGAAAUGUAAGACGGAAUAUCAGACACCUUGUGUUUAUCUCUGUCUACAAGGAGAAGUUUCUGGUAUAAAUGAUGAUGAUAGACAGCAGUAUAUGAUUGCGCCUUCCUCUAUGAUCGCUGAUAACAAUUUUUAGUUACCAAAACACAAAGCAAAAGCGUGGGGUUGGUGGUGGGAUCUUCGGAGUGAUGCCUGAUCGAU